AUGGACCAGCUCUGUGUGAGCCAGAGCACCUCCUCUCGGCCCAGAGCACCUCCUCUCAGGCCAGAGCACCUCCUCUCGGCCCAGAGCACCUCCUCUCGGCCCAGAGCACCUCCUCUCGGCCCAGAGCACCUCCUCUCGGCCCAGAGCACCUCCUCUCGGCCAGAGCACCUCUCUCGGCCAGAGCACCUCCUCUCGGGCCAGAGCACCUCCUCUCGGGCCAGAGCACCUCCUCUCGGGCCAGAGCACCUCCUCUCGGGCCAGAGCACCUCCUCUCGGGCCAGAGCACCUCUUCUCGGGCCAGAGCACCUCUUCUCGGGCCAGAGCACCUCUUCUCGGGCCAGAGCACUCUCUCGGGCCAGAGCACCUCUUCUCGGGCCAGAGCACCUCUUCUCGGGCCAGAGCACCUCUUCUCGGGCCAGAGCACCUCUUCUCGGGCCAGAGCACCUCUUCUCGGCAGAGCCAGAGCACCUCUUCUCGGCCAGAGCACCUCUUCUCGGGCCAGAGCACCUCUUCUCGGGCCAGAGCACCUCUUCUCGGGCCAGAGCACCUCUUCUCGGGCCAGAGCACCUCUUCUCGGGCCAGAGCACCUCUUCUCGGGCCAGAGCACCUCUUCUCGGGGCCAGAGCACCUCUUCUCGGGCCAGAGCACCUUCUUCUCGGGCCAGAGCACCUCUUCUCGGGCCAGAGCACCUCUUCUCGGCCCGACACACUCUUCUGA